GGCGGAGGGCGCCUCGCGGCCGGCUGUGAGCGGAGGGGCGCGGGGGAGGCGGCGGGGCCCGGCCCGGCCCGGCCCGCUGGCGGCGGCGCUGCGCCGGGGCGCCCCGACUCGCCUCGCCAUGGGCACCGGCCCCGGGACGGGCCGGCAGCGGCGCCCCGGCGCGGUGCCGGAGGCGGGCCGAGGGUGCUGUGACCCCCGGCGCGGCCCUGCCCACCCGGCCGGCACCGGCCCCGGCUCCAGCACCGGCACCAGCGCCGGGCAGGGCGGCCCAAGCCGCUUUUCUCGCGGCAGCGGCUGGAGUUGUCGAAGUUGGUGGUGGCCGCGAUGAGCGCGGCUCCUCUCCGCUCCCCCACCCGGCGGGGCCCCUGACGGCUCCUGCCCCCGCCUCGCAGGCUGCUGGGUUUGGUCUCGGGUGGCUUUUUUUUUUUUUUUUUUUUUUUUUUUUUUGCGUGUGUGUGUAUGUUUUUCUUUUUGUUAUUAUUUUUCUCCUCCGUCUCGCUCUCGCUCCAGCCAAGGUGAAUGGCCCGCGGUGGGUGUAGCUGGCCUCAGCGGCUCCGCAAGGGGAAAAUGCUGGCGGUGGGGGUGCUGGCCGGCCUCUCGGUGCUCAGCCUCCUCACCUACGGCUACCUGUCCUGGGACAGCCUCGGACGCGGCCCCGGAGAGGCGCCGGCGGCGCUGGGAGAGGAGCCGGGGGUCGGCGCCCCCAGCUCGCAGCCGCACAUCGUCUUCAUCCUGGCUGACGAUCAGGGCUUCAGAGACGUAGGGUACCACGGCUCGGAGAUCAGGACGCCCACUCUGGACAAGCUAGCCGCUGAAGGGGUUAAACUGGAGAACUAUUAUGUUCAGCCUAUGUGCACACCAUCCAGAAGCCAAUUUAUCACUGGAAAGUACCAGAUACACACCGGCCUUCAGCACUCCAUUAUACGGCCAACCCAGCCCAACUGCCUACCUCUGGAUAACAUCACGCUACCUCAGAAGCUGAAGGAGGUUGGUUACUCAACACACAUGGUUGGCAAAUGGCACUUGGGGUUUUAUCGCAGAGAAUGCAUGCCCACACAGAGAGGAUUUGACACUUUCUUUGGCUCACUCUUAGGCAGCGGUGACUAUUACACUCACUUCAAAUGUGACAGCCCUGGAAUAUGUGGCUAUGACCUGUACGAGAAUGAUAAUGCAGCUUGGGAUCAUGACAAUGGCAUCUACUCCACACAGAUGUACACGCAAAAAGUGCAACAAAUCUUAGCUUCUCACAAUCCCAGGAAACCUAUAUUCUUAUAUAUUGCUUACCAAGCUGUUCAUUCACCUCUUCAGGCACCAGGAAAGUAUUUUGAACAUUAUCGAUCCAUAAAUAACAUAAACAGGCGAAGAUAUGCUGCGAUGCUAGCUUGUUUGGAUGAAGCCAUAAACAACGUAACCCUUGCUUUAAAGAAGUAUGGUUACUAUGACAAUAGCAUUAUCAUAUAUUCUUCAGAUAACGGUGGCCAGCCAAUGGCUGGAGGAAGUAACUGGCCUCUCCGAGGGAGCAAAGGGACAUACUGGGAAGGAGGUAUCCGUGCUGUUGGGUUUGUCCAUAGCCCCCUUCUGAAAAACAAAGGGUCUGUGUGUAAGGAGCUUGUGCACAUCACAGACUGGUUCCCCACUUUGAUCACACUGGCCGAAGGACAGAUUGAUGAAGAUAUCCAGCUAGAUGGCUAUGAUAUAUGGGAAACCAUUAGUGAAGGCAGACGUUCUCCACGGGUAGACAUCUUACACAACAUUGACCCAAUUUACACCAAAGCCAAAAAUGGGUCUUGGGCAGCUGGCUAUGGGAUCUGGAACACUGCAAUUCAAUCUGCCAUCAGAGUGAAUCAUUGGAAACUACUGACCGGAAAUCCAGGAUAUAGCGACUGGGUUCCUCCGCAGGCCUUCAGCAACGUGGGCCCCAACCGCUGGCAUAAUGAACGUGUUUCUUGGUCAGCUGGCAAAACCGUGUGGCUUUUCAACAUAACUGCUGAUCCAUACGAACGGGUGGACCUCUCUGCAAAGUAUCCUGACGUAGUGAAACAGCUGUUGAGGAGGCUUUCACAGUUCAAUAAGACUGCGGUUCCUGUUCGGUACCCACCUAAGGACCCACGGAGUAACCCAAAGCUGAAUGGAGGAGUCUGGGGUCCGUGGUUUAAAGAGGAUGAAAAGAAGAAGAAGUCAGAUAAAAGUAAAGGUGCUAAUAAGCAAAAGAAGAACAAGAACAAGAAAAAAGCAAAUAGGAAAAAAGGACAAUCAUUACAUUGCCGAUCACGUCUUGCUGGUGGAUAGACUUUGAGCAUGCUAGUUUUUGCCAAGCCUAAGGCAGCUUGGCCCAAGUUCCUUGAAUUCUGACAGAAUAUACCAGAAACGCCUGCUCUGCACUAUGGAGGAAAGCUGUCAUCUCACAUGCCUCAAACAUGCAUAAACAUCCACGUGACAGACUUUCUCCUCUACAAGAAGAAUGGUGCUCUUCCAUCACAGCUACAUUCCAGAUAAGAACACAAUUACUCCUAACUUCAGAAGGCCCAUUUUUGAUGGACAAAUGUUUGUUCCUUGCCUGAAUUGGCAAGAAUUUUUUGAGAGUCUGCAGUGGCAGGUGAUUCAUAGAGAGAAAGGAAAAACAAAGCUUGAGAACUUCUGUAGGUCUGAGAGUGUUAGCCAGCAACCUGUGACAUUUUUUGAUAAAACACAGCAAAAAUUGAAGCCAGUGGUAACUUUUUUGGGAGCGUGGGGGAGAGGAACAUGAUAGUAGGAAAGCUGCUUUGAAUUAGACUGUGUCUCUCUUAGAUAAACCAGAAACACUUUUCAAAUUCCCUAAAUGUGCUAACCUUUCCUCGUUUGUAGUAAAACCAGAAGGCUGUUAUCAGCACACAUGAAUAACUAGCACAUGCCACGUAUAAUUUAUUAUAGGCAUAGGCAAAAGCACAUCACCAAAGUGAAUGUAAUAUUUAAACACUUUAAGAUAUCUAUACUACAGUACAUGCAAGACGUAAUUUAUUUUACAGCACAAUACUUUCUUCUUUUCCAUUAAAACUCUAAUUAGUGGGUGAUGCAAGGGUUGUUUAUUUGUUUUUCCUUUGAUUUUUAAUUUUAUUUUCACUAAGUCAUUCAGAGUUUUAUUCAACAGAUCCACAUCCUCAGAGUACUGUAAAACAAGAAAAUGCUGUAGACACUGCUAGGAUGAGAGAGGAGAAUGAUUCAGGCAAAAUGAGAGUCUUUGAAUGCAAACAGUGCAAAGCAGAACAAUGGAUCAGUUCUUGAAUGAAAUGUAUGUGCCACAAUGUAAGUGUUUGUAGAGCACACGUUAGGAGUACAUUUUCUGAGGCUGCAGUGGCUGUCAGUUAGGAUGAUUCCCUUAAAAUCAAAACACUGAUCAGGUUUAGGGCAAAGGUUGGAUUUACAGUGAGUUAAAAAUAUGCAUAAUUUGAAUGCCUUCUUGUACCUUUUGCUGAGAAGAUCCUGUUGUGAAAAUACCACAGUGCCAUUUUCCUGUCUACUUCUACUCAUUACUCCUGUUUUCACUCCAACAAUAAAUUGGUCUCUUGUUUUCGGUGCUACUACUCUGCUCUGAAACCAAACUUUCUGUUUACAGAGUUGUAAGUAGUACACUCACUCACAGAGCAGGAUUUCACAGGUUAUUUACAUCCCAGGAUGUGUUAUGUGUCUAAUCUCAGGGAAGAUAUGAGAGGUAAGCACUGCAAACAGUUCAAAGAAACCACUGAAAUCACAGUCCUGCAACUCAGAAUCAAAAGCAACAGUCCUCCCAAUUGCUGGACAGACACACUAAGGCAGUUAAUACUUUGCUCAGGAUGAUUUAUUGUGCAAAUUUGGACAAGAUCUAGAAAAAGGACUUCACAGGGAGGAUGGCGGGAAGGAUCUUUUUUUAAGUUAUCUCAGUUUCUAGGUAUAUUUAACAAAUGCUGCAGGUACAACAGAAAGCCAGCUCUGAUGAUAACUCUCUGAUCUGAUCUGAGAGACAUCUACACCUUUGGAAGGACCAGGGAGACAAUGUUUCUUCCUUUUCCAUGUGCUGUUGAUAGCUGUAAUCCUGGACAAUAAUCCCCACCAAUGCAGCCCCAAGGAUGAGAAAGUCAAAUGCAGGGCAUAGAGGAAGAAAGAAAAACAUGAAAAAGGAAGAAACACAGAAACACAGAAGCCUUUCCUCAAAAUCUGUGCUCCCCCAAAUUAUUAUUUCAUGCUAAAUUUCUUUUAAAAGCCUGCAGGUGUGAAAAAUACUAGUUCUGUCCUUUUCAGGAUUUCUCAAUCUUAUUCUGUGAAUUGCUUUUCAGAUGCUUCAAUAAUUUUAUCAACCACUGUUAUGUUAGCUUUUUGUUACUGUUGUUGUUACUUAAUUUCACAUGAAGUUGGAGAGAAAAAUAUUAUCCUGGCUACAGGUAAAGACUAGUGGAAGGAAGUACUAUGAGUGGUAAGUAAAUCUAAGAUGGCAGUCUUUUUGUAUGGAUCUUGCAAGAGAUGAGGAACAGUCCAUGGGGUUCUGGAGCUCAGGAGUGGAGGAUGAGUUAUCAUAACUAAUGGAGUCAUUAGUGUCUAAAGCCAUCCAGUAGGUUUCUGUAUCUGCUGGGACACACGACUGGUAUAGAAAGUGAAUUAGGCCAUUAAACCCUGCAACUUUCUGUUGCUCUCCCUGAAAGUAAUGGAUGCUGAUUGGAUUUCAAGCUGAUGAAAGAGCACUCAUGCUUCCAUCUAUACAGGAUUAUACAUAAUGGGUUAUCUGAGGUAUCGUCUAGACAACUUUGAAACUUAGUUUUUUGUGGUCUUACUGCAAAGAAUAAACUUUUUUUUUUUUUUUCCUUUCACUGCUCUGCACAUUCAGCAGUGUGCACUCAAUGCUUUUACACAGCCAUCCACAGUUUCAGAGUUGCCUUUUACUCGUACAAAUAGCAUUAGCUUUUUGCAUCACAAAGUGAGACUGCAACAUAAGUUAGAGCAUAUGAUGCCAGAUACUGGACAGCUGCAUUUGGGACUAGGAACUGAUGCUCUAUUAAAUUGUAUUUUAAUUGAAGUAGCUUCAGAUUUGGUUGAUGGCAAAGAGUAGCUUCAACAAUGCAAUUAGACCAAAGACGUGGAUAUGUCUGAAUUCUUGAACUAUAAUGAGAUACUGAAUUCCUUCCACUGGCAUUCUUGAGUGUAAAUGGGGAUGCUGGGUCUACUGACUUUGACUACAAAUGUCACGAGGAUUGGUCAUUCUCUGAAUAAGGAAAAAUAAUAAUAAUAACACAUGAUAUGAUCUGUAGGAUUUUUUUUCAGAUAUAGAGAUCUGUGAGCAAAGAACUAUAUCUCUGCUGACUGUUGUUGUCCAUUAUAUCUGAGUCCUGAAAAAAACGGUUUGUCUUUUUUAGUAUAUAACGUUCACAGGCUAACUACAGGCUCCCUUGGUUAUCUUGCUUUAAACUGAAAAUAUUUCCUCACAAAGUAAAUAAAAUAUAGUUUACUUCAUGUUGCGUAUAUCACAAACUGUGCUAUCAGUGUGAGGUCCACUUUUCCAAAGUAUAGGAUUAGCUCAGAGAAAGACAGAAAUUCACCUGUUGACUACCACUUGUUAAACUGUAUUCUUAGGACAGCACUAGCUUUGCUCUUUUUGCUCUCAAUCAUUUUAUUUUCUGGUUCCAAGAAAAGACAGAGAAUGCACAUUCCAACAAAAAAAGAGCAUAAGAUUUAACUUAGCAGGUAGGUAAUGCAAGUUUCACUUCUGUGUUCCAUUCCUGUAAAGCAACGUACUAAAUAAAGAAUUUCAUUUCAUUUCUGUGGAACAUAUUUUAAGGUCUUGAUGAAGCAAAGAGGUUAUGUAAAAGGCAGGCCAGUGUGAAAAGAGAAAUAUGUUCCCUUUCCCUGAGUUAUGCUUGUUUUCGCCUCUGCCAAAUGAGUUAAUAACAGUAGAUAUAAAUAUAGCUUAAAGCAUGAAAGAAGUUCUUAUUUAGUGCUUGGAUUUAAAUGGGUGUUGCAACAAAGGUAUAUUCCAUGAUACGGUUAUAAGCUAUUUCAUAAAUUCCAUUUGUAUGAGUUAUAAUCAGGGCAACAUUAUGAAAGUUUGGCUUGCAACCAAAAUAAAAGAACUGAUCAAUGAAUGUUUUCGUGAAUUUCAAUAAAGAAUGGAGAAUAGGGUCCUGAAAUAUCAUAUCAACAUAGAAUAAGAAAUGGUUUUGAAAUUCCUCAUAAAUAUCAGUGUCAGUAAAAGUCAAGUAUAUAAUCACCUAAAAUUACUGUAGGCCGUGAUGUUUGUUGUCAUUCCUUAGCUUUGUCUGAAAAGAACACUUUUGAGAAUUACUUGACAUGACCAUGAAUAUUCUUUUAAAUGAAACUUUGCUUCUGCUAAUUAAGAUUAUGUAGCACAGAACUACAAGGGAAAGUGAAAUGACUCUAAAAUCAGGAAUGGUUCUCCAUUAAAAGUAUCCAAUAUGCAGUUUCAAAAGGGCCAUAACUAGUAUCAGAAUCCAUUAUUUGCUGAAAACCAAUGCAGUAGACUAAUUUGUUUUAGAUAACAAAGAUAGGCUUUUUUAAGGUGGCUAGAGAAGUAGGGAAACAUGGCCCUGUGAGAAAAGGAAGAGUGCUAAGCUGUGACUGGGAUGGUACACAGAAUGAAAAAUUUGCAAGUUUCAUAAAAGGAUCAUUUUGGGAGGAUAAAUGAAAUGUCAUUAUAGAAAUACUUCACCUGUCAUCACCCGCUGGGUUUUUUUUCUAAGAAAAUCAACUUUACAAUCUCUGAAUACUGGCAAAACUUCAAGGCUGAGGGUGUAAGUAGUAACUUUCUCCUUUGGGCAACCCUCUUAAAUCUUUUUCUGACAGCAUACCUUUUUUUAUAUUGAUUGGUUCAUUGGUUUUCAUUAGCAAAUUUCAUUACAUUUUAUCACUUUGGAUGGAGUGAAUAGAAUUAAUUUUGAUAAGGAAAAUAUUGAAGCUUAUUGUUCAGGGCUGUUUAUCUUUACCAAAUCUCUUAUGCUCUGAAGUAAUCGCUGAGCAAUCUCUUAUCCAGACCGAUUUCUAGUAUACAAGAAUAAUUGAUCUCAUAUUACUGUGUGUGUAGCUACCAAGGAUUUGAAAAUUACAUUGAAAUCCUUUCCACACUGUUCUGGCAGCAGAGAAUAGUAUCCAUUGUAGGCAUGGGGAUAAAAUAAAAGUUAAUCUUCACAAAGAAGGUCUUGCGGGGCCAUGGAGGAAGCACGCAGCCCCAGCCUGCAGCACGAUGCCUUCAGCAACUCACAACCUUGCAGCUGCUCUCUUCAAACUCAAUUUGUUUGAGAUUUGUACUGCCACUAGGUUUUUUGAGUUCACUUUGAAAGGAAAAAGGCCAAAUGAUUAAUUUUGCUUUCGAUAUCAGAUGUGAAAAUGUGCUCGGCACCCUCCUGUGUUGAACAGCAGCGCAAGAACAAAAAGUGCCUGGUUUACAUCAAACCUCCUCUGGGUUUCUGUAAAGGAGGAACAUGUCAUGCUGCUUCCACUCCCACCACUCUCCUCAACCUCUCACAGGUUAAGCUAGUGAGUCAUUAACAUGAAAGUCAUUAAGCUUUUUAGCAUGUAAGUAUGCCUAGCUCCAAUAAUUAUCCUCCAGAUAACAAGCAAGUUGAGAUGAAACAGUACAUUUUCUGGUUUCUGUACCUUUUUUCCUACCACUUUCUUCCACAAUUUCAUGUUAUAUUAAAAUCAGAGGAAGAUUUUCUCUAUUGCUGAUUCAACAGAUUGAGAUAUCACUGGCAUCUGUUUCCUUCUUAUCCACGCCUUCAAAGGCCAGUAGCAGAACUUAUAGUAGAAGACAGUCCUUAAAGUCCAGCUAAAAUUCUGUCUUUCUCAAAUUUGUCAUGGUUGCUCCCAAGAAGUACCCAGGCUUAUAAAGUAGACUUCUUAAAUGCAGUGUCUUGCUAAUGGCACAAGCUUGCAGGGUUGCCAUUUUCUGUAUUUUAAUUCCCGUUUAAUAACUUAAACCUACUAAAUUCUGCUUAAUUAGAAGAUAAAAGUUACUUGGCUAAACUUCAAAAAACAGCACCCAGUUCUGAUUUAAAGCAGAAAAAAUAUGAAAAAUCCAUUACUUCCAAUUUUAAAUCGCUUGUAAUGCUUAAUAUCUGAGGUAAAAAUAUGUGUAACUCAUUUCUAAUUUGAAGGUUUUUUUUUAAUCUGGCUACAAUGUGCUGCCUUUUUAUGCCUUUAUUCCUAAGACUGAAUGGUCCUUUGGCACCUGUAUUUUCCUGUUUUGAUUAUACGUCUGUAUACAAUCUUUAACUUUUUUUUUUUUUAAAAAAGCCCAACAGAUGGAGUCCUUAUAGUGUAAGCAUUCUAUGGCACUUUCUCCAGUUCUCCAGAAGCUGAAGCUUUUUUGCACACCUCCAGUUUUUUGGUAGAAAAAUAUGAAUGUCAGAAGUGGAUACAACAUUCCAGUAUUGGUUUCAUUCAAGCCAUAUGAAGGAACAAAUAUCACCUCCUCAGCAGUAAGGAGUACACUGCUUCUGAUGAAGUGCAUGUCCUCUGUGACUCUUGAAUUAAGGGUUUUCACCCCCCUAACCAUUCAUCCCAGUAUGCCUUCAUUCCUUGUUAUCUUCAUUCUGUGCACUAGUUCAGUAAAACACAUUCUGUUGAAUUUAUGAAGUUUGCUAAACUUAUUGAGUACCUUUCAUCACUUUGUGGUUGCCCUGACCCCCUGGCUGUAUAUCAUUCCACCCACCUUUGUGUCACCUGCACAUCUUGUCUGCUGUCAUUCUGCAUGGGCUUCCCAUGAAAGUUUUUCAUCAUGAUUUCUAAUUGCUACAUUGAAGGCCUACUGAGAAGCCUUUUGACCAGUGCAAUUUGGUGUAUGCUUUGUUUGCACCAUCAGAGUUACAGUAACUCGUCGAUUGCUUGGCUCGAACAGCAAAACAAUUUUGCACCAAAGAGUGCAGGGAGCCUGAAUCUGCUGUGGUGGACGGCAGCAGUAACGUUCAAACCCUGCCCUGCUGGCAGCACUGAGCCUAGAGCAUCCCCUGCUGCUUUGGUCUCAGGAUGGCACUUCUCAGCUGGGGAGCCCGGGCAGAGAAAGGGCUGCAAAGUUCCCUUGUGCUUCUGUUGUUCAGUGUGUCUGUUACUACUUGUGUUUUUAAUUCUUACACUGGGAAAUAUAUAUAUAUAUAUUUAUAUCAAAAACUUGUUUGGAGCUUCCCUGAAAAAAAGACUUUGAGAUUUUCUCAGAGCAAUUCCAUUCCAUGUUUCAACUUCUGUAGCCUUUUUCUAAAGCUCUCUGAGCAAAACAGAAGGUGAAACUGUAUCAAUAGAGAGGAUAGCAAAUAAACUAAUUAUAUUUUACAUCCCCAAAUAACCUGGUAGCACCCAUGCUUAUAGCUUAGGGAAGAUACAGAGAUCCUCCUCUAAGCAGUAAAUUUUUCAGAACUCAUUUUUUCUCUUUUCAUGAUUUAUGGGAAUAGUCACUGUUUAACUCACACUUACUUAAAUCACAAGUAUUAAAUUUACUCGGACACACUUCAGAGUAGCAGGCACGAUGAGUAUUCUAACAGCUGCAUUCUCCAAACUGUACACUUUGAAGCUCAUGUAGGUGAGUGUUCGGUGCCACAAGAUAGCUGCUUUCCAUCGCUGUGGACAAAUCUUCCUUCUGAUUUUCUUGGUUCUGAGUAUGACUGGUGAUUUAUCAUUGCUGAGUGAUGACACUUGCUCUGUCCCACAGAAGCACUUAUUGUGAUGCGCUACCUAGUUUUUUUCUUCAACUGUUUUCCUUCACUGUGUGUACUCUUGGUUUUGAGCACUUACUGUACAUUUACUAAAUCCACCCUUGCAGUUCACAGCGCAGGGCACUGCAUCUGUCCCUGUUUUACCUACAGAAAAUGAGACACAGGUUGUUCCAAGGUGACAGAGGAAGUCAUUGGCAAAGACUGGCAAAAGCCCAGUGUCCUGAACCGGAGCCUAAUGUUUAAACCAUAAGGUCAGCAUUCCUCAAACACUUCAUCAGAUGUGCUCUGCUGGAGUUUUGCAGCAGCAGUAGUUAAAUCAGAAUGCAGGUACUACUGGUAGUCUCUUGAUUGCUUUGUGUAGCUGCUACAUACUGAAUUUGGAGAUGAAGAGAGCUAAUGGAUGCUCUCCUUGUCAUUCUAAUGGAGUGAGGGGGUGAAGAUUACAUUCUAAAAUACAUUGCUACCUGUGUCCACGGUUUAGGUGGGAGGAGUGGGGGGUAGAGGAAUACUCAGGGCUACUUAAUAAUUUGUGUCCUAAGAUGCUCAGCUGAAUACAGGAUGAGUUAUAUUUUCCCCAGGAUAAUAUCAAAUAUAUUUGUAGUACUGUCUUCUAAUUCUAUAAUUUUUUCAGUCUGUAAUUAUGUCGUGAUAUCAUUUCGCCCAAAUCCAUUGAUUUUAUUAUUUUUUCAUUGGUACUUUCUGAAAAUAGAAACAAAAGUACAGUUUUGUACAAGGAUACCCACAAUGACAAAAAACAUCGAGAGCUUUAAUAAAAAUAGGGCAAGUCUGACAUGUCGUAGGUUCUGCUGUUUACAGGUCUAGGUGAGACAUUUACUGGCUUAAAUGAGUACUUCAUGAAUUACAAAUGUUGGUGCAACAGCAGUUAACCAAAAUGGCUAUUUGUUUAAUUAGGGAGGGUAGAUGUAAAAAACACUGUUGGUAUAAAGUCACCAUCAAUUGCUUUUAUUCCCGGAGGUAAAGGCAUGUCAACAACUCUCUCCCUCAUUGUCUCCUGAAAAAGAAACCUUGCCAAGGUGUGAAAGCAUGUUUCUAGUGCUGCCAUGAAGAUUUAUCAAUGUAACUGUGUACAAAUAUCAUAGCUCCAUAGUUUACUUUAAAGAAACAAAGACUAAUGUUUUAAUGUAUGUCAACUGUACCACAUUAUCCAGCACUACUUACACUGCAAGAUCUCAGUGAUGCUUUAGGUAUCUGCUAUUCAUUACAGUCAUGGUAGGUUUUUCCUGAUUCCCUCAACCCUUUUGUCUUUCAUUCUUUUCUGUCACCGUCUGUGUCUUUUUUGUCUUUCUCUUCACUAGCAAUCUUAAAUUAUUUUCAUUAUUUCCAUUAAAAAUAGUAAUUCUGUUUGUAAUUCCCAAUCUGUACUGGUUCUGUGUUUAUGUUCUGAAACACUGCAGAUAUUUCCUGAUCUGUCAUACACAAUAAACAGGUUAGCCUGUGCAACUAGAUGGAAGAUUAAAUCGGCAAUUUGUUCGUUAGUUGAAGCACAGGCUUUUGCUAAAGUAUCCCAAAUGCCUUUGCCUGACCAUCUGUUUCAAACGGAAAUGAAUCUUUGGCUUUAAUUAUAAAACUUGUAUGGAUAUUAUUUUUCUUUUCUUCUUUUUCUAACCAAGCCUGCCCUUUUGGAAAUUGCUUGAAAUCUCCCUGUAUUGUAUGAAAAGUGGGUAGGAUUACCUGGAUAUAAUAAUAUUUUUUUAUUAGCCUUCCUGUUAAUAAUUUUAAAUCUCUUCCCGCACUUGCUGCAAGUUGAGGCAAAAGUCUCUGUUACCAAACUUUGUUUACAAAUUUAUUGCAAGGUACCAUGUUAUGAAGCAGUCCAAGUGCAAAACAUGUUAAACCAUAUGGAAAAUCCACUGCAAUUUUGCUAAAUUGUUCCAAUGUUUAAUUGCACAGAUCAUUAGAAGUGUGCACCCUCUUUCUAAUCUAUCUUUCUAACUUCACCAUCUGGUCCUCAUACCAUAUUAUAAUUUUUCAGGUGUUCCCCCUGAAUUUUUGGAGGCUAAGACCAAACACAAAAUCUCCUACUUCAGGUGCUGUUCUCCAACAAAGAAUUACCUGUCUCAGUGCAUAUGUGCUUUGUAGAUAUUUUUUAAUGGAAAGAUGGACAGUUGCUGAAGGCAACGGUCUUGUUAUUUUAAAUUAAAUGACUGUGUGGGAGGAGGAGGAGGAAAUAGAGGGCUCUGAGCUGGGGUGUCAGGAUGCUUUUGGUUGGUGUGAUCCUCUCUGGAGCUCUUUGCUUCCAUUUUGUAAGGAGCAGUAAGAGGAGCUCUCCUUUCCCUUCCUCUGGGUAGUGUGCAUUCAUGUUGUCAGCAAACCAUUCUCCAUUUGGUUUCUUGUAGAUGGGCUGGCCAACAUGCCUACUGCAUCCAGCACAUAUUUUUCUGCCUACCCAUUCUGAAUCAUAGCACUGUCCUAACUUGCAUCUUCUGUGGUGCAGGGCAACAACUCCUUUUUAUGACCAAGAAAAAAAAAGAAAAACAAACUGAGUUAUACUUCAUGGCACGUUUUCCAGCUCUGCUAGAGAAUUUGGCCCUAGCGAGUCACUAAGACCUUGAGCAAGCAGAGGAAUCUGUUUCCUGCCAAGCUGUCAUCCUGAGCAGAGGCCAACUUGUAGCAGAUCAGCGUGGAGAUGAGUCAGUGAAAAAUGGACUUAGGUAAACACUGUUAACUGAUGUUACAGAAAUUUCUGCGGUCUCUCCAGAGGGAGCUGCAUUUAUUUCUUCAUCCAAGAACUACAGAACUGGGGAAAUGUAUGAACACUCAUAAUUGAAAUCCUAGGCUACGUGCUGGUCUUCUCAAAUCUUUUAUUCCUUCAAAUUUGAGUUCUUAUCCGUCUUCAUCGUCAGCUGUUUGUGCAUGUCAUCACAAUGCAGACCUACACAUAGCACUGGUUGUGAAAAAGAAAAAAAAAGUUCAUUCUCUUGAAAGGAACUCUAAUUUAGAAAAUGUCAGAUUUGCUUUUUAUCUUCUUGAAGGUAUUUUCUCUCUAGAAUGACCCAAGUGACUUUUACCAAAACAUACUUUAUUCAGGUGGUCUCAUAAAGUUCUUAUAUUAAAAACAAUACUGUUUUAAAAUAAAACUUAAAAAGAAAAAGAGAUUUCUUCUUUCACAUAGCUUUCACUGUACAUAAAUUGAUCCAGGCAAGACAUGCAUAGUAUACUUGCAUUAAAUAAAGACAUUUGCUUUGUAGGAGAAAAAUUUCUCUACUCUUACAUCGUGGUCAGUUAGCUUGUACUUUUUAGGCCUGUUCUAUGUUUUGUACCACCUUUAAUUUGUUGAUGUAAUUUUGUACCAAUAUAUUUAAGCCAAUGCAGCAGCUCCAUAGCCAUUGCUAUUUUAUGCAGAAGAUAAGAAUAUAUACUAAUAUGAGUUUAUGUGAGGGCACCAAUAUUCUCUUUCCCUGCACACAGAGAAUUGUCUUCCAUUAAAUUCCUCUUGACAGAAGAUAGAGAAUCCUUCCUGCACACUUUGAAAGUGCUUGACUGUAGCACUUCUCUAUUACCUUUGAAUUGUGUUGGGCUGCCUGCCUCGUAAUUUAACAGGGUGACUUGUACAAUCCUUCUCUCUAAGCAGAACACUCAGACCUUGGAUGUCAUUUCCCAAAGUCUGUCAUCUUAGCACUCCCUGCCACUGCUAAAUCAGCCUGUGUGGUUGUUUUUUUUUUUUUUUCCUGUGUGCUGCCAUAUUACUGUGUUUGCACAGGAAAUAUAUCCACGCUAAACAUUUCAUGCAACCUUUAAAGGAGUUCUAAGAAGUUUUAGCUGUUACUUUAGAAAACAGCAGAGGCAAAUGUCUUCACACUCCUCCCUUCUCCUCCCCCUACCAUUUCUGUACUAUAUUCAGUGAGUGAAAAUGAUUCACUGUGAUUCAUUCCCAUUCCUUCCCUAGCUGUGUCCUUCCCUGAAAAGUAAUAUAUUUAUUUUAUUAUUCUCCAUGAAUACUGAGGUUGUGACUUCUUUCUUUUCCUUUUCUCAGAAGUUCAGCUGUAGUUCCUAUGAUGAAUAGGCACCUGAGUAGCAUGAGAGUAAAGCUGGUAUUUAAUGUGGAACCAGCUGUUUACCUCUUGGAGAAUAAUGUCAGCUCUUGGCAAAGGCACUCGUGUUACUAGAAUUGUUCAGCUGGACCUCACCAUUUCUAGGAUAUGAAAUGCUGAAUAAUAGGAUAAGAGAAGCAAGAAAUAGAAGAUAGCUACAGAGUUCUCUUCAUGAAGACUCUGGCUUUAUACUCUUGGCAUCUGAAAAAUAUACAUCAUUAGCUGGACAGUUGUAAUUGGUUUCUGUGAAGCAGAAGAGCUGUUGAUACUUCAUUCCGUUCUACAUUUGUUUAAAGGAAGACUUCCAAACAGCAAAAGAAUUUAUCCGGAUUUUUACAACAGUAGAUGACUGUUAAACAUGAUGUAUUCUCAGUCACUGUGUAUGUGUGUUUCUAGUGCUAGGCAAUAAAAGACAAGCCAAGAGACUUUUAAGCAAUAUCUUAAUGAUAUUACCACAGUGUGAAAAGUAUGCAGCAAGAAGAGUCAGUGUGUUAAGCAAUCUUAUCCUGGAAUUGGGGCACCUUUACUUUUCCAUUCAAAAAUUGGCUAAGUCUUCUUCUAAGGCCUUUGAGUGUUUGUCACUAACAUUAGGCCCUCUCUAUCCACAUGGUCCUUAGAAAAUGAAGCUUUGAAUAUUUGUCUCAGAUUCUAUUUGCUACACAUGGGAUUGUGAAAAGUGUGCUCAGACUCAUUAAAUCUGCAGGGCUUGGAGGCUGUCCUUGUGGUUACACAAGCAAUAUUCUAUGCGAGACCAAAGUGCUGUAACUCUUUGGCAUGUGGCGCAGUGCAUGCAAGAGCUUAGAAGCAGUCCCAGAACCAUCUCUUAAUAUGUCUCCUGUUAUUCAGCUGCUGACAAACAGGUGUUUUUUAAAAAAGUUAGAAGUUAAACAUAUGUCCUUGGAGAGGCUGAAGAUGAAAAUAUUUCUCAAGUGAGCAAUUUCACACACACAGAAUGGAAACUAUUUUGGUAAGUUUAUACAGGUAGUGAGGAACAGAGCUGCCUUGCUGUUUUCUGAGUUUUGUAGGUAAAACAUGAUACAGUACUUGAUGCUGAAUGCUUGAACACAUAGAGGAUAAAGUCCUAUAGGACUUAAUUUCCCCAGGCCAAGAUGGGACAGUCCGUGUACAAAUGUGCAUAAGCAAGCUAUGCUACUGCACCACUUCAAUUGCAGCUAUCUGCAAGUGGAGAUCCAGAGGCUCUUUGAAAUCCGUAAACUGAAUGACUCUGAACCUUUUUUUCAGAGAAGCUGUGAAUGCCAGUAAAUAAAUAGCAGAUAAAGUAGAAACAGCUUCUGUGCCACUGUUGAUGGAUGGCAGGGAAAAGCAGAAAGAAAUAUUAAGUAAGAAAUUAUUGGUUGGUGAAGGGAAGGGGAAAAAAGGGAAUCUUUUCAUUUCCUUAAAGCUGCUCAUUUCUUGAAUUUAACUCUGCUAACCUGAAAUAUUCUUCCUUUUUUAAACAAACAAACAAACAAAACCUCUGCCUGUCAUUUGCCUUUGCAUUACUUUCAUCUGGAGUGUGAAAUUCCAAGUUACUGUGAAAACGCUGCCCUAGGAAUAUUCUUGGCAAUACUGCAAGCAGAAAGUACAGGAAACCUCACAAGAGAGUUUGUUCCAGCAACACUGCCAUCCACGUUUCACAGCUGCAAGGACAUUCAAAGUCAGUCUAAACACCGUCUUUCCACUUGUACAAAAUCUUGCUGAAGUGGAAGUACCUGGGACCUGAAGAGUUUAAUGAAGUUAUGGCAGAAUCGCAAACUGCUGAAAUAAAGUGGAAAGAAAAAGUCAUCCACAAGAAAGAAAGUUUCACAAACCGAAGAGGUACCUAGACGGUAUAACCCAGCUACUGCAUGUCAUGCUGCCCAUGAGGUAGAGCAGGAAAACAAAGGGGAAAGAUUAUUAAGAACGCACAUUUCUCUGCUGUUUAUUGUAGCCACUUUGGGAAUUAUUUGUAAAUGAGGAAGAGCCGGUGCGCUUAUGAAUGUUGUGCAGUAUUGUCUCUCUCAUUUACCUCAAGCAUGCCUCUGUACCACCAAUUCUGUUCUAGUGUGCUAGCAAAGUUUUAGGAUGUGCUUUUGGUAACUGAUCACAGGGUAACUUUCUGAAAAGGACUUACUUUUCCAGUACUCUUACUAGUGGACUGAGUUAGCUGCUAAGCUUUAUUGCACAGAUAUAUAGGGUUCAACAGUGAACAAAAUGGAGGUCCAUCACUGGUACAAGAUCUUAACUAUGGAACCAUAGAAUAACCCAAGUUGGAAGGGACUUACAUGAGUCACUGAGUCAAACCCCUGGCUCCACACAGGACCACCCAAAAUCCAAACCCUACGUCUGAUAGUAUUGUCAAAAGGUUCCUUGAACUCUGGCAGCUCAGGGCCAUGUUCACUGCCAUAGGCGGUCUGUUCCAUGCCCACUGCCCUCUGAUGCAGAACCUUCCCCUAACCCCCACCUGACCCUCCCUGACACAGCUCUGUGCCAUUCCCUCAGGCCCUGUCGCUGUCCCCAGAGAGCAGAGCUCCCUCU